AUGAAUGACAAGGUCAGCCAAAACCAAAAUCGGCUUCAAAAUAGACCAAUAAGCUCAAGCCUCUAUAAGUCAAGCACAAAUAACGAGGAAUGGGACUACAAAAGCUCUCAAAGUGAAUUUUUCGCAGUUGAUGAUGUAAGAGCAAUCCAAGAAGCAAUCAGAAAGAAACGAAAAGAAAUCCUCGAUGCCAAAAAGCGUAUUGUGUAUGCUGAAGCUCAAAUGGUUACAGAAAAACAGAAAUCUGAACAAUUGGAAACUUUGCUUUGCAACUUGAGAGGAGAGAUGAGAAUCAUUGAGAGAGGGUCAAAUGAAGCACAAGAGGUUGAUUUAAGAGAAUUUGAAGAAGAAAUUAGCAGGAAAAAUAAAGAAAUCGAAAUACUUAAUAAAAGAAUUGAAGAAGGAAAAGCUGAAUACAGCAAGCUAAAAGGUUCUUUACAAGUUAUGUAUGAACACUAUCAAGAAUUUGUGAAUGAAAGCCAAAAAUGCGUAAAAGUUUAUAUAGAAACAAAAGCUUGAAGAUGAAAAACGUAAACUGAUUGAAAAGGUAAAAGAAAAAGAAGAAAAUGAAAAGCUGGAAAUGGUGGAAAAGAAAAUAGAAUUGUAUAGAGAAAUGAUGAAAACGCCAAAAAUUGAGUCGAUAAAAUACAAAGAAGAAUUGGAAAAAAGAGAAAAUAAAGUGAUGGAACUUAAAAAAAUUUUGGAAGAUUUGAGAAGUGAAAAUACAAACAUAUUGGAAUUACUAGGGGAAGGCCAAAAGAAGCCAUCACAAGAAAUAGAAAGUACAUCACCACUUCAAAGCACAUUUUAUGGUUUGGCUGAUCCAUCACAAGAUAUCAAAAAAACUGAAGAAAUUUUACCCAAAAAUCCAGCAUCCACUUUUGAAAAGAUUGCAAUAAACUCAGAAAAUGGUAAGAAAAGCGAGCCAAUUAUCCAAAGACCUACAAAUAAAAUAGAAAAUGCUCCAAUCAAGCUCCCUAGUCGACCUACAAAAUUUGCAAAACCCAUCCCAAAGGCCAAAAAUAUCAAAGAUGAAUUAAAUGAUUUUUUUGAAGAAAUAAAGCGAGAACACUAA